AAUAUUUAUUUAAAAAAAAAAAAAAAAAUUAAGAGAGAGGGUAAAACUAAAAGGCAUCUAAUGGCUUCAAAGAUGGAGUUGAUUCCUCUAUCUCUUUCUCCUCAACAGCAUCCAUUUCUAUCCCCAUCUCCAUCUCCUUCUCCUCUCUCCCUAAAAGCCUAUUAGUUUUUACUUUUAUUUUUAUUAGUAUAAACCAAAGAAAAAAAGAAACCCUUUUGUUGAAAUUUCCUUCUUUGUGUUUGUUGAAUCUCAUUUAGAUGAAGCAAAUAAACCCCCCUAUGUUUGGAUUUGCAUGUUCCUAGAAAGAAUUUCUGUUUCAUUUUCCCUCAAUUUCAGAGCAGAAACAAGAACAAGACAAAGAAGAACAAGAAGAAUCAAAAUUUAAAGAUUAGAAGAUGGCUGCAUCUUCUUCCUCAAUCCCACUGUUUGAAGGGCAGAUUAGAGGUCAGCCGCAGCCACCACCGCCGCCACCGCCGUCGGCAGCUCCCUCCAAUUCUCCAACUCCUCCACAACCCCCGAAGAAGAAAAGAAACCAACCAGGAACUCCAAAUCCAGAUGCAGAAGUGAUAGCGUUGAGUCCAAAGACACUGAUGGCAACAAACAGGUUCAUAUGUGAAGUAUGCAACAAAGGGUUUCAAAGAGAGCAAAAUCUACAAUUACAUAGAAGAGGGCACAAUUUACCAUGGAAAUUAAAGCAGAAAAGCACAAAAGAGCCAAAAAGAAAAGUUUAUUUAUGCCCAGAACCCACAUGUGUUCACCAUGACCCUUCAAGAGCACUUGGGGAUUUAACUGGCAUCAAAAAGCACUACUCUCGAAAGCACGGCGAGAAGAAAUGGAAGUGCGAUAAAUGCUCUAAACGUUACGCCGUUCAAUCCGACUGGAAAGCCCAUUCCAAGACCUGUGGCACCCGAGAAUACCGUUGCGAUUGUGGUACUCUCUUCUCCAGACGAGAUAGUUUCAUUACACAUAGAGCUUUCUGUGAUGCAUUGGCUCAAGAAAGUGCAAGACACCCUCCAAAUUUAGGGUCAGCCAUUGGAAGCCAUUUAUAUGGAGGUAAUAGCAAUGUGGGUUUAACAUUAACAGAAGUCCCUCAAAUUUCUUCUCUUCAAGACCAUUCCAACAUCACUCAAUCACCUCACGACGUCCUCCGCCUUGGCGGCGGUCGAACCGGGCAAUUCACUCAUCUCCUACCUCCUUCUAUUGGCUCUUCCUUCCGACCCCCACCGCAACAAGCAAUGCCGUCGUCGAAUGCAGCAUUCUUCGGCUUAUCGGACCAUACUAACCAAAAUAGCUUCCAUGAAGAUCAUCAUCAAAGCCAAUCCCAACAAGGGUUGUUUGGAAACAAAGCCUUUCAUGGGCUAAUGCAAUUCCCUUCUGAUAUCCAAACCCAUGCAAAUAACAACAACAAUAAUCCUGCCUCAAAUCUCUUCAAUUUGGGCUUCAUUUCAAAUCCCAAUGGUGAUAAUACUUCCAAUAUGAAUAACAACAAUGACACCAACACUAACAAUAGCAACAACAGCAGCAGCAACAACAACAGCAACAAUCUUCCAUCCUCUUUGCUAAACCAAUUCAAUGGAACAAACAAUGGCAACAAUGACGGUCCUGGCUCCAAUAUUUUCGCUGUUAACAUAAUGGGAGAUCAAAUCAAUUCAGCUGCAGUCCCAUCGCUCUAUAGCACCGCUGCCCCGGGAGGAUGUAGUAGCGGUACAAGCGGAGGUGGAGGAGCAAUCCCACAUAUGUCAGCAACAGCACUUCUCCAAAAGGCAGCACAAUUAGGCUCAACAACAUCAAGUAGCAACACAACCGCAACGUUGCUAAGAACAUUCGGAAGCUCUUCAACAUCCAGCGGGAAGGCGUCGGAUAGAACGCUAUUCCCUCCGAGUUACGGUGGAGUCGUGUUCGGCGAAAACGAGAGCAAUCUCCAGGACUUGAUGAACUCAUUCACGAGCGGGAGCGGAGGGAGCGGGAUGUUCGGCAGCGGAAUGAGCUCAUUUGGGGUCGAAAGUUUGGACGAUCCAACCAAGUUACAACAGAAUCUAAGCACAGUGAGUAUGGGAGGUGGUGGGACAGAUAGGUUAACAAGAGACUUCUUAGGGGUUGGACAGAUUGUAAGAAGUAUGAGCGGCAGCGGUGGUGGUGGCGGUUAUUCUCAGAGAGAACAUAAACAAACGGCGCAAGGGAUAGUUUUGGAGGGUAAUGAGAGUAAUACAGCGCCGUCAAGCCAAGCAUUUGGUGGUGGAAAUGGAAACUACUAGUGAAUGAAGGAAGAAAAGAAAAAAAAGUACAGACAGAAACAGAUUUUUCAAAUGCAACAAAUAUCCAUGCCUGCCAACUUCAAUCAGUGAUAAAAAAAAAAAUAUAUCAGGUAGUUCUUUUUCUUUUUUCUUUUUCCCUGUAAUUUUACCAUGAGAGGAAGGACAACCAGAUAGCUAGUUUUUUUUUUUUUUUUUUUUUUUCACUUUCAACUAAGAUGUAUUAAUUCCAUAUCUUUUCUUGGGUACCAAUGAGUUUUUUUUUUUCUUUUCUUUUUUUUUUUUAAAUUAAUUUUUAGUCUAUCUAGCUAGGGCUAGGCUAAAAUAUCCUCUCCUUAUAGUUCCAUAGACAUUUGCAAAGUCAAUCCAUUUCUUAAUUACUCUUA